UUUUGCUUUUCGUAUUUGAAGAUAUUUCUGGAUGCAGUUUGGUUUCUGAAAUGAUCAGUGAGGGAAGCCGCACGGUUGUAACCCAAAGAAAUGUCCGCCUCGGCCAACAUGGGUGGUCCUCUCGUCCGGCAGGCCACAGGGACCGCCACGUCUUCCUCGCGAGCUGCUACUGCUGGACCAGGUAGAAUUUGUUCCGUUGCAGGUGGGCCUCUGCUGAAGCGACUGGUGCAGUUUUUCAACGGCAAGAACACAAAGGCGGCAAUGACGAAGACGAGACAAACGAAAUCGCGAACGGCAUUUAUUUCGUCACGAGAAGCCACUGUGCCAGAAAACAACAAGCACAGAACAACUUCCACUUCGAAACCGCAGGACAAAGAACAUCACAAACAGAAGAACUACCGACUCCAGCAGGUCAUCACGGAAGUUUACAAGCACGGGGUGCAGUAUGACAGUGGUGCACAACUCCCCCGCGUCGUCAUUUGUAUUGCAUGAACAGCAAAAAUGCAAACACCAGCACACGUGGAACCUGACAGGUUGUGCAUGGCAAAUUUAUGCGCCUAGUGUUUGUAGUACUGUUUGGGCUUCUUGUUCCGGAAUCUGUCACGCAAACGGUGCCACGGGGACGCACUUGGGUAUGGGGUUUUGCAUGACAAAUGAGGGACGAGAGGGGGAGUACUUGUGCACUCUCAUACGCAGCAGUGGUGCGACAUGACGCACGUGCCGAAACCACUACUGUACGAGUUGAGAAACGAGUUCGGGCGGAAUGUGAGCUCCUUGGUCCCGUUCUGGAACCGGGACGUCGGGUUUGAGGAGCGAGGCGACAGUGCCUGUAGCAAUUCAAAAUCAAGAAAUGGUCGGGACGAUGGCCCCCGCAGCAGCUCUCGUCACCAACAGCAAGGAAGUAGUUGUGCAUCAGAAAUGAAUGUUGCAAUGGGCGGUUCUUGCUUUUCCACGUGUCAAAAGCAGUUCUUCCUCCCUCGGGAGGAAUUUCUCGCGAGCCGGAACCAACUGCUGAAAAUCAAAGCGGAGUGGAAGGAAAGAAGGAGGAAAAGCCGGGAAGCGUGCGAGAAAGCACGGUAUCUGCAGACGGGUCAUUUUCCUGAUGUUGAGUUGUCAGCAACAAACCUCGAGGUGGCUCCUGUGGAAACUACUAGUGGAGACGAGCGCGUUCGCGUUGGUAGUUGUAGAGAGGACGCUGGCGGGGGCCGCGUGUUCAUCAUGUCAGGCACUACCUCUACCGGAGGAGUGUCUUCCACCGAAAAUGGAUCUCAGCAGGCAGCAGAUGAACCAGAAGCUGUGCUUGGUACAUCAACUCCCGUGGUCUACAGGAGACCACCAAGUUCUUCUACCUCUGUUUCGAAGCUGCAACCGCUCAUCGAAGCGGUGCUUUUCAAUCCAUCUGGGAAAAAUAAGAACUCAUCUUCGUGGUCAACAGCAACAUCGUCCACCGGCGGCAGUAAAAAUUCGUCGCUUUCAUCCAUCGCGCACCUCCUUUCCUCCUCUACUUCCAGUCCCGCCCUGCAAAUCCUCACUACGUCGACCUGGUUCGGCACUAAAUCCUAUCUGUCCAUUUCCUCCCAGCAGGGGUAUGCGUUUGCGAAUCCAGACGAUCCGGAUUCCGUAGGCUUUACGGCUCCGAAAUUCCUGCGACAGCUGACUUGUGACGAAAUCGUGGACCAAGUGCUGUACUUCGUGGGAAUGAAUAAUAUGCAUAUGGAUUGUAAAAAUGUCUGGGUCUGGGAGAUUGCGAGACUUGUCAUGCUAGUCUGGCAUGACUCUGGGAUCUGUAUUGCGUGGCAACCAAGAGCUUCCCUAGCCUGUCAUGCAAACACGCAGUUUCUCAUGCGGAAUACGCAACGCAGAAGCAUGAAAAAACUUGUCAUGCUUGGCGGCGCAUUACAGUGUCCUUCUUAUUCAGUGGCCUGCAUCACAACUUUCCAGACCCAGACAUUUUUACAUUUGAUAAUGCAACAGGAGCAGCAACUAGGACCGCAGGCGCAGCACAUUUCCACUUGUUCCACGACCCGCGGCGAAGUUGUACACAGCAGGUCUGGCAACAAGAACAAGCCAAGAGCUGGUGCAGCAGCUGCCUCCUUCUCGUUCUCUUUCCUCCAUUUCAAUGGUGUCGGUGAGCCUCUUGCCAAUCCGAGUACGUUCGAAGCUUUGGAACUCUUAACGCACCCGCUACUGGUCGGCAUUUCGCCGCUAUGAAGUGCAAAAGUAUCGUACUCGUAUAAAUGCAUUACAAAUUUCUCAGCAUGAGAAAUAAAAUUUGUGAUGCUGAUUUAGCUUAAGAAAAAGAUUUGUAAUGUAUGACUGCAAUUACUACGAAACGAGUGCGAUAGUUUUGCACAGGACAGCCGCGCCGGAUUUUCCUGCACACGGCGGGCGUGAUUCCCGGGAUCCGGAAAUUGCUCAGUUGUGAAGGAUACGCAUUACAAACGUAUCGUACUCGUUGUAUUGCAAUCAUGCAUUAGCAUUGCAAAUUUUAUUUCUCAUGCUGAGGAAAGUCAAAUUUGUAAUGCAUUUAUACGAUACUUUUGCAGUUCAUACAGGAGAUGAAACGGAAGAUGGUUCAUCUCGUGCGACGGUUGGAGAGGACGAAGGAGAACUAGAAGUACAAUUACAUCAACACCAGCAACAUUUUGAGAAUGAUAACGGGCAUCAAACAACAGACACGACUGGUGUUCGACAUCCAUCUCGAGGGCGAGCAGCACCGGAAACUAUGAGGAAUUAUGGGCGGCAAAUCAACUUGGUUCUCACCGUCGGCUCGGCUUUCCCCGAAGAGAGGGAUUCCCUCGUCCCGCUGAACCGAAUUUACCGGCUGGAGGAAGUUUUGCAAGAACUCAACUACUAUGAAUUGCAAAAGUUUUUGUAUCGUGCUCGUAGUCACGUUGCAGUCAUAUGAUUGCAUAAACGAGUCCAAGACAGACUUCUUGCCUGGUGCUUAUAUAGCAUGACAAAGUCCACCAUUUUUGUUUUUGAAAAAAUGUGUACCGCUAGUGCAAUUCCAAUUUCUGCUAGGACCACGAGACAAUACACUUUUGCAAUUCAUAACUACUUCGUCGAACAGACUGGGAGGCGGGUUUUGUUGCACUACGAGUUGCUCGAAAACCGGAAUGACUCGAGAGCGCAUGCGGAGGAGCUUGUGACGGUGAUGAGGGAGAACUGCGAGAAGGGGAGCCUGCAUCUGUUCCACGUUUUGAUCAGUGUGAAGAUGAAGCGGGAUAAGUGCAGCACUAGCUUUCGCGCAGGAGCAGGAGGUGAGGGUGCGGCUAGCCGGGGAAGAAGUUGUAGUGCCAGCACCUGUGAAGAUGUGGAGGACGAGGAGCAGCUGCGUGAAAAAGAAAAUGAUUUUCUUGAACGGGCUGGCUUUGCAGCUGCUACUAAUAAUCAUGACGUCUUCGUCAACGAGGAGGACGAGGAUGCUGGCACUAGUACAUCAAUUGACGAGAGGACAACUAGUUGCAGUACCCCGGAGGUGGAGCAAGACUCAACAUGCGACACACAGCACCACAACGUGGACGAUGAUUUUGCGGGUGCCGGAGAGGAGGAGCCGGUGCCGGAGAGUAACACUGGUUCGCAGGAGGAGGCCACGAAAACGCCGCUGACCAAUUUCGAGGUGUUCGUUAAGGUGCUGAUAAAGAACCGGAUUCAAGUUUGCUUUUGGCCUAUCCUGUGCAAAAGUAUCGUACUCGUAUCGCAAUCAUGCAUUAGAAAUUCUUUUCUUAUACGUAAAUCAGCAUUACAAAUUUUCUUUCUCGUGCUGAGAAAAUUUGUAAUGCAUUUAUACGACGAGCACGAGUGCGAAUGCGAUCGAUACUUUUGCAAUGCAUAUGGCCCUCCAACGCGGAGUUGGACAGGAUACACGCAGCUCCGGGCCAGUUUGAACCUGCUCUGGAAGUAUGUUCCGACGACGUUGAUGCAAGAAGAAGCACAUGAACACCGCGGCUGUGUGAAGAUGAAAGGAAUGCGCAGUCAGCGGCAUCUGAAACUGGGUUCUUACCUCCCACAUCUAGUGACGAGUUCUUACCCUGAGCUUGGACGAUCUGAGUUCUUAGUUACCCACACCUAGUGAUGAGAAAGUGAAAGCAAAGAAUUGACGAGCAAUGAGCCCCCUCGGCGUUCACAGUGUGAUCGGCCGCAAAAAAGAACCAGAGCAGCACAAAUUCUGUUUAUUACCAACAUCCUCGUGCUGGGCGGGUGUCGUGCUGAGCAGAUGCUGCAAUGCCCGUUGGAUGUCGUGCAGCGAUCAAGACGAAAAACGAGGCGUGUUUUAUGCCGGCUGCCGUUUACGACAAGAAGACAGACUUCUUAUAUUCAUAUUUAUUGACGAAAAAGGGAGAGAAAUGUUUUUGAAGGAUAUUUUGCAGCGAGCGGCCAGUAGAAAUGUGAAGACAGAACAUUAGCAUGCUUUUCCUUCUUCAAACCAGCGACGAAUGAUAAAAACUAAAGCUACUAGACCGUAUAUGUCGACGUCAAACUUUUAUCAUAGAAGAGUAUCUUGAAUAAAAUCCUAACAUUCUCGUUCUGAUUUGCCAAGCUCCUCCUGAAGGUUCUCGCUGCAGCAAAAGCAAAAUAAAAGCAAGAUGUCCCCGCUUAUUGGCGAAGAUCAAGCCGAUUUCGCCGCCUAUCAACUGCAGAAAUGUCUGGGUCUGGAAGAUUGCCAGGUUUGUCAUGCAUAUUUUGAAUGAUCCACGAUGUCUGUGAUGCAUGCCCUAGCGUCACAGAUUUUUAGAGAGCUUUUCGAUCAUGUCUCUACCGCAUGAGAAAUACCCUUUCCGCCUAGCACAAACUGGAGUCCUCUUGCUGGUCAUGCAACACAAAUUUUUUGAGAAUCCAGAGGCAGCAUUACAAGUUUAGAAUCUUACAGACGCAGACAGUUUUGCAAUCCAUGCCGCCAAGCUCGGCACCAUGGACGCUCGCGUCAAGGAUUUUUCGACGCUGUCCAAUGCGAGCGAGAUCACCGCGAGCUUCAUGGAGCUAAACCGCACCGUCGAUUAUCAAAUGCAAAUACGUCUGGGUCUGGAAGAAUGUAACUUGUCAUGCUAAAUCUGAAGCAUGCAAAAAUCUGUGUUGCAUGAUUACCAAAAGAAAAAGUCGCCCAGUUUUGACCAAGUCGGGAGGGAGUUUCUCAUGCAGGAUAGGCAUGAGAGAGAUCGGUCGCACAGAAUCUGUCAUGCUAGGUCCUGCAUUCCAGACCUCAUGGGUCAUGGAAAAGCUGCAUGACAAAUCGCGCACUCUUCCAGACCCAGACACUUUUGCGUCUGAUAUCGAUUUUGACAACACAAAACUCUUCGGUUCCGUCACCUACACGAUUCCGGCAAAAUCCGUCCUCAAGCUCGACGAGUCCUAUCAAAUGUAAAAAUGUCUGGGUCUGGAAGAAUGCACGUUUGUCAUGCUUGUCUGGCAUCACUCUUAAAUCUGUCAUGCACGUUACUCAAGAGCUCCAUUUUUCUGUGAUGCAGAGACGCAGUUUGUCAUGCAGAAUAGGCAACACCUAGAGGCUCAGAAACUUGUGAUGCUGAGCCAGCAUUUGUGGCCUCAUCAUGAGACGCCACCCAGCAUCAGAAGUUUCCAGACCCUGACACUUUUGCAUUUGAUAUGGCCCUCCAACGCGGACCUGGACAGGAUACACGCAGCUCCGGGCCAGUUUGAACCGGCGCUGGAAGUAUUUUCCGACGACGCUGAAGCUGAUGCAAGACCAUGAACGCCGCGGCUGUGUGAAGUAGAUGAAAUAAAUGCGCAGUCAGUGGCAUCUGAAACUGGGUUCUUACCUCCCACAUCUAGCAGUGACGAGUUCUUACCCUGAGCAUGGACGAUCUGAGUUCUUAGUUACCCACACCUAGUGAUGAGAAAGUGAAAGCAAAGAAUUCAGGAAUGAAGAUGAACAACAAUUAGUUUACCAAUUAUGCCAUCGAACUUGAACUGCCACACCUAGUGAAGAUCAUGACGAUGUUGAGGUGCUUGUGCCGUCGAUUGGCACUUUUCACAACAGAGAGCAGGCAGUUACGGAGCCGCUUCGGCUUUCACAGUGUGAUCGGCCGCUCAAAACGAGCAGAGCAGCACAAAUUCUGUUUAU